AUGGGUACCUGUCACCGUCAUCUUCGUGAACCUCAGUCUGCUCCCAAGAAACAGUCGACUAGUCGCGUAAGAUGCACCUUCCCCGGCUGCACGAGGACGGUGUCAAGACACCAGGAUCUGGAUCGGCACCUGAUGACACAUAACCCCGGCGCGCACUUACGGAUGUGCCCCGCGGUGGGUUGCGGUCACAGUACCUUGCAGAAAUCGAACUUGGACCAUCACAUCAACACGGCACAUAAGCGCGAUGUCAUAUACCAUUGCCUCGUACCUGGAUGCCCCGCCCUUGCCCUUGACCCGUCUACGCACUUCCGUCAUUCCACUACUCGCCAUAAGUUCAAACCCUUCGACCUUUACAGAGCGAUGGGUCGGAUUCUCAUGCACCCGGCGAAGGAGGCCCAGAAAAGGGGCCUUACCGCUUCGUACGUCCGACAACCGGCUACAUGGGCAGAAGUGCGUGCUGCGCAAGUGGCCUUCCUCAGGCCAAAAAGCAAGGGCACUCCGUCCCUCAUACCGUGCAUCUGGAACACCGACGAUAUCCGGGCCCAGGACGUGCCGGUUCGCGCAGCCGGCAAGAAAAGCGCGCAGCCGGUAUCAAACGCUGCUGUCGAGCGCAACAAACUUCACCAUAUGAUGAGCCCGUCGUUCGACGAGGAGUCCUUGGCCAGCCUCACGUUAUGCGACUACGAUGAGGACGACGCGAAGCAUGCGUCGAGUGGAUUCUCCUGCUUUGGUGAUUCCAGCGACAGCGACUCGGAGAUGAGUGCAUCGUUCGAGGUCGAGACGUACCAACAUUCGACCCCAACGAGCAGCUCUCGUAUCUCUGGAGCAGCGGCCGACGUUCCGAAGGUGACCCUUCCAUCGUUCAAUGCCUUCCGAGCGAUGGUCGAGUCCGACCUGCCGCCGCCGCAAUCCCUAGUCCCCCGCAUGCCAGCCGACGACUGGCGGAAGCCACGCAGAUUUGAUAGCUACCAGCCCUGCCACGUAAUCCCGCAGUUCUGCCAUACGUAUCAACGCCCCGAAGUUCCGGUGGUCCCCGCAGAGAUUUCGCGCGCUCGUCAGUACAUUCCGCCUCCCCCGCCGCCGUGGGUCAAGGUCGAAGGAUUCGGCCGUCCCUUCCGUCGUUAA